AUCAACACAUCAUAAACAAAUGAAUAAGUUUAGUGACACAAUAUCCAAUAGUUUGCAAGUGGAAAUACGCAAAAAGGUAAAGUCUUUCUACAACAUUCGGUGUACAUGAAUAAGUCCAAUAAUAGAGAUAGACUCAAGUUUUCAUGGUCUUCUUGAUCGUCUUGGUCAUGGAGAUGUGAUUGUUGACGCAAACGCCUAUGCCGCUGUCGUGGUAGAAGAACAACUCCGUCACGCUGAGUCUGAGAUGUAGAAGUUGUUGCUACGGUAGAUGUAGUUGCCAAGCAAAUUCCAAUAGCACGUUUUUUUAAGCAAAUUCCAAUAGCACAUUUAUUAAGGGCUACCACAUUGGUAAGUUUGCCAUUAUUCUCACAUGGUAUCAAGAGCCCUAGGUUUUAGCCAGUAAUAAAAAAAAUCGGCCAUCAUGACCUCAGCCGCUGCCACCGCAUCAACUACCGCUGCGGCCACUACUUCUCUGCCGCCGCCAGUCAGCGAUCCGCCGGUCUUGAGCGCAGUAGCCGAGCAGCUCGACCCGAAUAUCGAGACAACGCCACCGUUAACGGAUCCUCUUCUUCCCUUGUCGUUGUUCUCCUCUGCGUUCGUCCCAGCGCCAACUUACUCCUCCUGGGCACCGCCAAUAGUCGCAUGGACACCCACUGCUCCAACUCUCCAGCCACCGCCGUUGCUUCUCAGAGAAUCCAGUACUGCGGCCGCUGCCCGAGCUCGGUUUGCCGGCCCUACACUCUCCGGCAGUCUGGGUCUCGUCCUUCCACAUCAGUCUGGCACGGUUGGUUCCCGCUCGGUUGUCCCUUCAAUACCGGAGUACUUUGCUUCGUUGGCUCAAAGAAUGGGGUUUGGUGUUCCAUCCAUCACCAAUAUUGUGACUACAAAAUUAUCUGCCGUUGAAGAUUAUUUGCCUUGGAGAACUCAAUUUAAGUUGUUUUUGGUUUCCAACGGUCUGUUAGGCAUCCUUGAUGGCUCACUUCCGGCACCAACCCCCUAUACCUAACUAUUAUCUGUAUCAGGCUCAAUCUGUCAAUCCUAAAUACUAUCAUUGGUUAAAAGUGGACCAGACUGUUCGUUCUUGGCUAUUUGCAACUCUCUCCCGGGAAAUUCUUAUUGAGGUACAUCAAUUAAAAACUUCUACCUCUAUUUAGAAACGUUUAGAGUCCAGAUUUAUGGCUGCCACUCUGGCCCGCUCCAUGGAAUUAAAACAAAUGCUGACUCACAUGAAGAAGAAAGAUACGCAGUCCAUGGAACAAUAUUUGCUAGAAUUACAAAACAUUGCUGAUGACUUGGCCUCUAUUAAUUCUCCGGUGUCCGAUCAUGACCUUAUACAACAUGCACUUUUGGGGUUGGGACCGGGUUACGAAUCACUUGUCGGUCCACUUACACUUUUCCCGAAAGGACUCACAUUCGAUAAGCUGUGCACGAAACUCGUCCAUCAGGAGGGCCGGCUUCACUUCCAGCAGCGGCUUGACUCCAGGCAUGCUCUUGGGUUUGCUGCUUCUUCGGCUCCAGUCGAGUCGGAUUCCAGGAACCAGCAGCAGCAGCCUCAAUGCGGCCGAGGUGGACGGGGUCGUUGUCCACGUGGCAGAGGAGGUCGCGGAUGUGGCCGUUAUCAGCAACAGCAGUUCUACGUCCAGCAUGCUCCGUCGUAUGGACAUGGGCCGAUGCCACACCCUCACUCAUCUUCUGGCCGGGGCAUCCACCAUCAUAUUAUUCGGGUCAACCGGGUACAGUAUUUUGUAAUUCUGUUGAGUCAUUGUCUAAUACUUAUGCCUUAUCUACUUUUGGUGCUAACACUGGUUAUGUAGGGUCCUCAAAUUUUUAGAAUAGUCUUGGUUCUGUUCCACCACCUGUCGUCCGUCAAAUAUGUCAUUCUCCAGGUCAUUCCUUUGUUUCUUGUCCAUCCCGCUUUGCUCAACUACAGGCUCAUGAUUUAGCUGUUCCCACGGGUAAAGUCUUUCCAACUGUUUGGUAUCCUGACUCCGGUGUGUCUGCUCAUGUGACCUCUACUGAAGAAAACACAUCAACAUUGAUUAUCAUUUUGUUCGAGAACGUGUGUCACAUGGAGAUCUGGUUGUCCGACAUGUUCCUACGCAGUUCCAGCUUGCUGAUAUUUUCACUAAGUGUUUGUCUCCACAACAUUUUGAUAUUUUACGAGACAAUCUGCGCGUUGUUUUCCCGGCCUGCACAAAUUGAGGGGGUGUAAUAAUGUAAUUAGCAUUUAAUAAGUCUUUCCUUAGUUUAGUUAGUUUCCUUGUUAUAGGAUUCCUAUUGUAUUAUGUUUCCUAAUGUAUUCUAAACACUUCUCUAUUAUAUAUAUGAUAUCCAGAGCUACCACAUUGGUAAGCCUGCCAUUAUUCUCA